AUGAGAAAGUUGCUGUGUAUUGCUGUAUUCGUGACGUUUUUCAAUAACAUAUUAAUUGGAAAUGCUCAGUCUGUGAGACACGUCGAUUUAUUUAAUUUUAGGGACUAUGUAGUCUCAAUUAUACAAAAAACGAUGAAUCGUGUUGAAAACAAUCACUGGUGCAAUUUAAAGAUAGAUAAUGUGUAUAUGAAUAUAAGCGAAAAUGUAUUAGGCACCAACAUGCAUGGUACUGUGGAAUUCACAGAUGGCUUCUUAGUGUCUUUAGAAAAGAUUGACAUUAUAGAACAAACCGUGCAAAGAAGGUGGCAACCUCAGCGUGGAAACUCAACAAGAGUUGAAGUACAAGCUACAAUGAGAAUGCUUAAUUUUGUCAUCGGAUUUGAUGUUUUGGCCAAAAUGGAAGAUAAUGAAUUACGAUCAAGAGGAUCAUUGAGAUAUUCAGAAUUAAGAUUUCCAUUUGUGAUAUCUAAAGAUUUAUAUACAGAUGCUAUCACAGUGACAGUGACAAGUGAACUUUGGACGAAUCUUAGAUCAAAUGUUAUGGAGUUUUCACCAGAAAACGAAGUUACUAAGGUCUUGUCAUCUCUGUUUAGUUCCGACAGUACAGCAAACAGCUUUCAACGAUGGGCUACAGAGACGUUGGCUCCAGUCGCUCAAGACCUAGCGGAGAAUGAGAUGGAAUUCCCUAGAAUCAACUACAACACUAAUUUGAUUAGAUAAAUAUACAUUAUAUAUUUUAGAAGCGUUUCAAAGCACUGUUAAGUCCUCUGUAGACGUAAAUAUACUAAUUCCUAAUUA